AUGAUCAUCAUUAAAAAGUCUACACAUAUCAAAUGCUGGAGAGACUGUGGAGAAAAAGAAAUGGGAAGUGAACUGGUACAGCCACUAUGGAUAACAGUAUGGAGGGGCCUCAAAAAACUAAAAAUAGAGUUUCCAUAUGAAUCAGCAAUACCACUCCUGGGCCUAAUAUUGGAAAUAAAAGCAAAAAUAAACAAAUGGGACCUAAUUAAACUUAAAAGCUUCUGCACAACAAAGGAAACUAUUAGCAAGGUGAAAAGACAGCCUUCAGAAUGGGAGAAAAUAAUAGCAAAUGAAGCAACCGACAAACAACUAAUCUCAAAAAUAUACAAGCAACUCCUACAGCUCAACUCCAGAAAAAUAAAUGACCCAAUCAAAAAAUGGGCCAAAGAACUAAAUAGACAUUUCUCCAAAGAAGACAUACAGAUGGCUAACAAACACAUGAAAAGAUGCUCAACAUCACUCAUUAUCAGAGAAAUGCAAAUCAAAACCACUAUGAGGUACCAUUUCACACCAGUCAGAAUGGCUGCGAUCCAAAAGUCUACAAGUAAUAAAUGCUGGAGAGGGUGUGGAGAAAAGGGAACCCUCUUACACUGUUGGUGGGAAUGCAAACUAGUACAGCCACUAUGGAGAACAGUGUGGAGAUUCCUUAAAAAACUGGAAAUAGAACUGCCUUAUGAUCCAGCAAUCCCACUGCUGGGCAUACACACUGAGGAAACCAGAAUUGAAAGAGACACGUGUACCCCAAUGUUCAUCGCAGCACUGUUUAUAAUAGCCAGGACAUGGAAGCAACCUAGAUGUCCAUCAGCAGAUGAAUGGAUAAGAAAGCUGUGGUACAUAUACACAAUGGAGUAUUACUCAGCCAUUAAAAAGAAUACAUUUGAAUCAGUUCUAAUGAGGUGGAUGAAACUGGAGCCUAUUAUACAGAGUGAAGUAAGCCAGAAGGAAAAACACCAAUACAGUAUACUAAUGCAUUAUAGCUUUUUAAGCAAAUCUUAA